GUGGCUAUUUAAUACGAUGGAUUUUAAUUUUUUUCCUUUUAUUUUCAGAGAUCAGAAAACGUUGACUUGGCUCUAAGUAUACCGCAAUCAAAUUUUCAAUCAAACGGCUACGACAUGGGCGACCAGACAUUUCAUACUCCCAGUUUCGGAGACGAAGAAUUUGAUAUUCCGGCGAUCAAUCCCCAACAGCGACAGACACAGCAACAUUCUCAACAUUCUGAUCAGCAACAUUAUCAGCCUCCAAUGCAGGGUAUGCAACAAAUGAACCAACAGAUCAAUCAGCAGCAGAAUGAGAUGGGUAUGCAUGAUCCAACAGGAGGUUUUCAGCAACCCCUUUAUCUCUCAGGGCCUGAGCAUGGAAUGGUAAAUUCCUCAUACCACAGCCCACAACAAAAUUAUCCUUCACCACAACAGCAACAACAGCAACACAACAGUCAGUUGUUGAUGAUUCAGCAGCAACAGCAACAGCAGCAUCAACAUCAGCAACACCAGCAACAUCAACAGAUGAUGAUGAGUCAUGGUCAGCCUCCCCCUUCGCAAAUGGGGCAGUAUGGGGCGUCUCCCCAGCAUCCACAGGGAAGGGGAAACAGUCCUCCUGCCCCUGGACAGGAGCCGACUACUAGCGAUGAUAGUGAUGACAGUACUCCUCAUCCAGCAAUAAUAACUGCGAUGAAAAGGCCGUCUCCCGAACCAGCUGAUCAGACGUUAACGAAGGCACAGAAGAAACCGAAAGUACAAAAAAAGAAGAAGAAGAGGGACCCUAAUGAACCACAAAAACCUGUAUCAGCAUACGCAUUAUUUUUCCGAGACACCCAAGCCGCUAUUAAAGGACAAAAUCCUAAUGCAAGUUUUGGAGAAGUUUCCAAAAUUGUUGCUUCCAUGUGGGAUGCUCUAGAUUCUGAACACAAAAAUGUGUACAAGAAAAAGACGGAAGCAGCCAAAAAGGAAUACUUAAAAGCUCUAGCAGCGUACAGGGCGAGUCUUGUUUCAAAAGGUGCAGGAGAAAACGAAGGCAUGUACGGCAACUACCCCAACUACCAGGGUGGUGCACCGAGUCAAUACUCGUCAUACCAACCGCAGGGAACUAUUCCUUCACCGCCCAUGUCGGCGCCACCUUCGGCCACGCCGCCCGCACAGUCGCCCAUUGGUAAGAAGCCGCCCAUGAUGGGAGGAAUGUCGUCACCUCAAUCCCAUCAGGGAAUGAUGCAGUCCAAUAUGGGACCAGUGCCAAAUCACAUGAAUAUGCAGCAGCACAUGCAGCAACAGCAGUCACAUAACAAUUACAUGCAACAGGUUCCCCAACAACAACAUAUACCAAUGUCUCCACAGCAGCAGCAACAGCAGCAGCAACAGCAGCAGCAACAACAGCAGCAGCAACAACAACAACAGCAGCAGCAACAACAACAGCAGCAACAAUCACACGUAUCUGGAUCACCACACAUGCAGCAACAAUCGCCUCACAUGCAGCAACACAUGAGUCCCCCACCGAUGGUGUCCAGUUCCCCACCCAUUUCGGCUCCGGCUCCCUCCAUUUCCACGUCGGCUCAAUCUAAUCCCAAUGUAGGUCCUGGACCCAUGAGACCCAACGCUUGUAUACGUCACGGAUGCCCCAAUCCCGCCAUCACAAAUGCCGAAUGGGAAGACGAGUACUGCAGUAAUGAAUGUGUUGUUAGCCAUUGCCGCGAUGUAUUCACAGACUGGGUAUCCGCAAAUAAGAACCAAGCACAGAACUUCUCGACAGUUAAAUAAAUUCUUACGUUAGGGCAGAGUUGCAAGAUAAUGAAGAAAUAAAAUAAGUAAAGUAGCAAUACCAACUCGAACUACAUAAAAAAUAUAUAUAUUUUACGCUAGGCAGGAAUGAAGUUGAAAUCAGGUUUCGAUAAUGUGUAAUAGUGAGAGGAUAGAUUAAGAAUUGUAUAUAAAAUGAUAAUCAUUUUAGUAUGUGAGGUUGUAUUGAAGCAAUAGAAGCAAUACGAUUUCAUUCUAUAGGUAUACAAUACUAAAAUAAAAUUGUAAUACUAGCAUUAUACAAUUGUAUAUUCAAUAUACGGGGCGGGCAAAAAUUGUCCGGUGUGAAUGAACGGUUUUCCCAUUUUCUUUCAUUACUUUCGUUUGGUUUAUAUUUAAUCCUCUUUAUACUAUAUUAUUAUUAUUUUUAAAUCGGAUAAAUAUUUUAUAUACACUUUUUUCCGCAUAUUUUGCCGUUUUACUUAAGAAAAAAUGCAAAAUCUCCACCAUGAACUACAAUUUCACCCAUUUUCAUAUUAUUAACUGUGAUAGAAAACAGCAACCAAUAAGUUUGAAAUAUUUAAACACAAUUUUCUGUUGACUGUGUAUUUACUAGUGCGAUUAAUGUAUAGAAAAUCACUUUAUUAUUAAUCUCUAUUUUUGAAGAAUUUUUCUAUUAAUAAACGAUUUAUAAUAGCGUUCCCUUAGAUGAAUAACACAAGUUUGUUAACACGUUCACGACCGCUAUUAUGAAAUUUGACGAUGCUAGAGACCAACCACGAUUUUUUGGGUGGCAUAACUUUUUGACAGAAAUAUUAUAUUUUUUAUAGGUUAUAUCUAUUUUUUGUAUUUUUACUUAAUGUCACAUAAUAUGUAACAUCGGUUCCGAGUAAUAUUUCAUUAAAAUAUACCACCUGUCACAAUGGUGUGACGUGUUAUUUUGGAUAAAUUAUAACAUUUUAUAUUCUAAAUGAAACUAAGGAUACAUUUUUUGAUUAUUUAUAUUGCAAAAAAAAUGAGAAAAACUUUGUAUAAAAAAACAAACUACAAGAAAGACAUAAUUAUUGUGAGAAAUGAAAAACAGACAAAAAAAA